CAACAAAUGAAAAACGAGACCCCUACGUCCAAAUCGCAUGAGCAAGCAAUCGAAUCGUCGCCGAUGGGCGAACGCGCAGCGACAGGCAGUCGACCUCCCACGAGAGCCCGUGGUUAUUCAUCAACCCUUUCCCUCGCAGGGCGAAAGGGUGAUAUGAGCUCAAAGAUUCCAGGGACGCCCGCUUUCGAAAGCUCGGUUUUGAGCAAUUUUAGAAGGAGAGCUCGACAGCCUAGUAUUCUUCAGAUGAUGCAAACAGAGGAUGGUUCCUCUGACCUUGAUGAUGAUGAUUUUCUUGGUGGAUUGAGUCCAGAAGACGAGUCUACUCCUUUGAAUGUUUCUCGUGGGAAAUCGUUGAUACUAAAGAAUGAUGCGUAUCCAUCUGCGGAAUCUUUAUCUCCAUCUAGCGACAAACCGCGCAAGCGGAUACGAGCGACGGAGGAACCCCAAGUUCCCCAAUCACCUUUGAAUGUAGUAGAGAGCACGCCUAUCGACUCUCCAGCUCGUGAAACCCAAGAGAAUGAAGCACACGACCGCAUCGAUACGCCUCAGGCCCAGAUAUCCCCCGAAGCAUUCAGUCAGACAAUGGUGCCGCCUAUGAGCAGCAGCGCACCCCAAAGUCCUACGCAUAUUGAUUUGGCUUUGGCAGAACGAGCAUCACCUGUAACGUUAGAAAGCACAAAGGAACCGAAUGAGCGAAUAAAUACGCAAGGGUACCUUUCCACAGCCGCUCUUCAAAGUAAACUGCUUCCUCGGCGGCGCCAACGGCGUCACAGGUACAAUCAUUCUGAUAUAUCCAACGAUGACGACAGAUCCGACGACGACGAUGAAUUGAAUUACUUGCCUUCUAGAAAAUCAAUGAAAUCGCGACGGAAGCAAACAGACCCGCCCAAUCCAUCGAAAAAUACGCGAAUAAACCCUACAAAACCAAAGAAGCCACUGUCUAAACUUUCUAAAGGAGGGAUUAUAUACCCUUCGGCCACCCGGGCGACAGAUAUUGACAAGGAAAAUCAACCAGAUGGAAUGUCGUCGCCUCUCUCGUCAGUUCUUGAUUCAGAUGCAUUCGAUUCAGACGUUUCUAUCUCAAAAUCCACCGAUAAAGGAAAUUUCAUGAGCGAGGAACUAAGAUUACAGGCAAAGAAGUUUGCUGAGGUUGAUGAUUGGCAAAUGGAAUUUGAGGAUGUA